AUGGCGUGCUCGUUCCCCACGAACCAAGCGAUUGUCGUCGGCGGCGGCCUGGGAGGCAUGUCUGCCGCGAACACCGUUGUAGAGCACGGCGGUAGGGUGGUUUUGCUCGACAAGUCGUCCUUUUGUGGUGGCAACAGCACAAAAGCCACCUCCGGUAUCAACGGAGCAGGCACCAAGACGCAGAAAGCGAAGGGCAUUCCGGACACUGCAGAGAUCUUUACCCAGGACACCUUGAAGGGUGGAGCAAAGAAGCCAGAGUUGGCGAAGCUGCUGUGCGUGAACAGCGCCGCCGAUGUUGACUGGCUUGUGGACAAAUUCAACCUUGACCUGUCCCUCGUGGCCCGUUUGGGUGGCCACUCGCAGCCUCGCACCCAUCGAGGAAAGGAGCGAUUCCCUGGCAUGACCAUCACCUAUGCCUUGAUCCAGAUGCUCGAGAAGGUCGCUGAGAAAACGGACCUGGCCCGCAUUAUCACCAAGGCAAAGGUCUUCCAGCUGGUCACGGACAAAAACGCCUGCGUGGGCUGCAUCUAU